AUGACUACUCACUACGCUCAAAAAACCUCUAAAAACAUCCCUUACACUAAAUAUUUUGAAUUCAUUCCAUAUGAAAAUUGGUCACUCCGACAUUACGAUUUAUUGAUCAUCAAUAACUAUGAAUGUGCUGAGAAAAAGGAAGCUCACCGUGCCUUUUAUAACGCAAUACAUGAUAUUAAUAAUGAUCCUUGCAUGUCUCAAGAAGUUCGUAACAUUACUUCGAAUCUCUUAAAAAAUAAAAGGGCCGAUAUGAAUAAAGUAAGUAGCUUAUGGAAUAAUGCUAGCGAAGGAAAGGAAAAAAAGCCACGCGUGCUUCCUGAUAUAGAUUGCUUUUGUCCUGAUAUAGAUAUGCCAUUGCGAGCCAAUGGAUUAGUGGACGUUCUUGAAGUGAUAAAGUCUGCUGUUCGCAUAUUUGACCCAAAAACGAUUGCACUAGGAUCUUCCCGCUCCUACAAAAGUUCGAACCAUUUGCUUGUAGAUUCCAAGUGUAACACGUAUGUCCCUAGAGAGAGCGUCUACGAUGCAGAGAUGUACCGAAUCCUGCAUAAUUGGCUCGCAAAGGUUUAUGAUUUCGAAAUAACUGGACAAUGGCAUUUAGAGGGAAUGUGUAAUGAUGAAGGCUACCAUCACUGUUAUAAUAACCUGAUGAUAAAAAAAAAGGAUGACCCCACCCCUUUAGCCGUACUCGAACUUAUUGCAACGGGAUCCGUAUCGACGUUAGAGAAACAUUUCAAGCAAGUUUUUAAAUAUGCCGAUAAACUUCGUCCUCUGGAAGUUUGGAUCAUCCAUUUUUCUAGAGAGGAUUCUAUUGUAUCGAGUCCAUACUGGCCAUGUGAGGAGAAGGGAUUAAAUGUCGUACAUUUCCGGCAUAACAAGGAAUUUACAAAUGUAUACAUGAGUGCCAGAUUUCGGAAUGAUAUUGAAUCAUUAAGAGAAUUAAAUUCCAGGCUUGUCCUAAAAAUUGAUAAAUUAAGAAAGAAGUUUACAGAGAUUGAAGCUGAGAAUACUGAACUUAAAGGGGAGAAAACU